AUGGCACCCAUCAAUCGCGUCCAGAGAGUGGGAGCUCAGGCGAUCGUGGGAUCGUUUCUCACAGUUGCGACAAGCAUUGCAGAAGCGGAGGCAGCUAUCCCGACCACGCGAGAGCGACUUUGGAAACGAGCGAUAAAACUUUGGAUUGACAUUCACACUUUGCCGAAAACAAAUCCCCUUCACAGGAUAACAGCCCGUGUGCGGAAAUUCUACCAGUCCUACCGAUCGCCGUUUCACCAAGUAGCAUGCAGACUGAAGGAGAUACCGCUAUCGGAAAUCGAAUCUAUUCAACCGUUCGCUUUGGCGCCCUGGGAUAAACGAAUGGAGGCCAUUCAAUAUGAAGACAUGAGCAAGGGGAUUGAGGGGACCUGGGAUGUCGGUGUGGCCGUCAGCAGCUCGGCUCGCAACGGACUGGUCGGCGUGGGAGGAGUGGCACAUAUCAAGGUAAAAGGCAGGGCGGAUCCAAGGAGUCAAGCGUUCUCUAUCACCAUUGGCCCGAGAAACGAACAGAACCCGUAUUCAGGCGAGCUAGCUGCAAUGGCACAUGCCCUGAGAUCGCUGCCAAACGUCCGCCGCCGACGUAUAGCACUUUUGACGACGAAUAAGGCAAUGGCCCUCAGCCUGCGAAACCCCCGACAGCAAUCAGGCCAGGAACACAUCCAGAUCAUCUAUGGAGAGAUCAAUAGAUUGUGGAAGAAGGGGAACGGAUUGCUCAUCGUUUGGAUACCUGCCUCCGAGAACAACGUGCUCUUGCAUGUAGUCUGA